CAACAGCAAUAUAUCGCUCAACAACCUAGGGCUGCCCCUCAGAUGGUCUAUGGUGCAGGUGGGAAUCGCAACGCGUUGGACAAGCCAUUCGAUGCGGCCGGUCAGCGGAAGUGGUCGUUUGGGCCCUGUGAUUGCACCGAAGUAUGCGGAACAUGGGUAUUAUCAUAUUUCUGUCCUUGUCUUUCGUACGGACGGAAUAUGUCUAGGCUGAAACAUAUGCAGACGCACGGAAGACCACACCCUGCUGGGGGCGAAAUGUUCAACGAGGAUUGCCUCCUAUAUGAGCUACUUGGAUAUGCCCAUCUCGAUUGCCUCGCCGGUAUGAAUGGAAGGGCUAGUAUUCGUCGACGAUACAGUAUCCAAGGAGGCGAAUGGGAGGAUUGCAUGUGCCAUACUCUCUGUAGAUCGUGUUCAUUGACGCAAGAAUCUCGCGAGCUUGGGCUUGAGGAAGAGAGCCAGCUC